UGCAAUCACAGCUGCGACAUCGCAGACUGGAUGACUGAGGUUAGUAGUAAUCCGUCGGAGACCUCUCCGGGCAUAUCGUUCGGCGUGCGGCUCAUCACUAUAAAUGCGCGCCAUGCGGGCCUCUGACGUCCUACCCUAUACUUGCGUAUCUCUCCCCUCGUUGGCUUUUGUCAAUGCAUGACCUUACAACUGUGCGUACCAACUCGACGGCUGCAACUACUCAUGUAGUGCCACCGAAAAUCCUGAAGGCGCUGCCGGACGAGCCAAAUAAGGAUGCCGAUCCGUUCAUGGUAUCUUUCUCCGAGAGCGAUCCCGAUAACCCAAAGAACUGGUCGUCAGUCAAACGAUGGUACCUAACAGGGAUUGCAGGCCUCCUCGUCCUCAAUGCGACGUUCGCAAGUAGUGCCCCAUCAGCUUUGGUUCCGACGCUGAUGGAUGAAUUUGGUAUUUCCCGAGAAGUGGGCAAUCUGAUGGUCUCCCUGUUCGUAGCCGGAUACUGUGUUGGACCUCUCAUCUGGGGCCCACUGUCCGAGCAGUAUGGCCGUCGACCGGUCUUCAUCUUAACUUUUUUUGUUUACAUGUGCUUUCAAAUUGGAUGUGCGCUAUCGAAGAACAUAGCAUCAUUACUUGUUUUCCGCUUCAUUGGAGGCACGUUUGCAUCCUGUCCACUCGCCAAUUCUGGGGCCUUGAUAGGUGACAUAUGGGAUGCGAAAAGGCUUGGUAUAGCAUCGGCUAUCUUUGCUGUUGCUCCUUUCGCCGGCCCGGGUAUAGGUCCGGUCGUUUCUGGGUAUUUGGUGCAGAGUGAAGUAUCAUGGCGUUGGUUAUUCUGGAUUCUUACCAUCUUUGCUGGAGUAUGUCUCCUCCUGAUCGUCUUUACAGUGCCGGAAACCUUCCAGCCUGUCAUACUCGUGAAGAAGGCACAAAAAGUGCGCAGGCAAACGGGUAAUGAGAGAUAUUACGCGUCGUUCGAAACACGAAAGCUCUCCUUUGCCCAACAGAUGGAGAAUAUACUGGCUCGUCCUUUCAAAAUUCUUUUUAAUGAGCCAAUGCUCAUUGCAAUUACACUGUACAUGAGUUUCGUGUACGGUUGUAUCUACCUCCUGUUUGAAGCGUACCCCAUAGUAUUCACAGAGGGUCACCACAUGGGGGCUGGUCCUUCGGGAUUGACUUUUUUGCCGUUGCCAAUUGGUGGAGUUAUCGCAACGCUCGUGUAUAUUGCCUUCUUCAACCCACGAUACGAACGCAAGAUUAAAGAGUUUGCACCAAAGCCUGUUCCUCCAGAGUACCGGCUGGAGAUGGCCAUGCUCGCGGGUCCAUUUUUUGCCAUCUCAUUCUUUUGGUUUGCAUGGACAUCGUUCCCUAGUGUGAGCCUGUGGGUUCCGUUAGCAUCCGGAUUGUUGUUGGGGUGUGGUGUAUGCUGGAUUUUCCUCUCCCUUCUCAACUAUAUCAUCGAUGCUUACAUGGUCGUUGCAGCCUCUGCGCUGGCAGCGAACACAGUUAUUCGCAGUAUCUUUGGCGCUGUCUUUCCGUUGUUCGCCAAUCAAAUGUACGACAGACUCGGAGCCCAAUGGGCGUCCUCAUUAUUGGGUUUCGUUGCUCUGGCUAUGGCACCGAUUCCAUUUGCGUUGUCAAGAUAUGGGCCUGCGCUGCGCGUCAGGUCCAGGUAUGCACCAACCGACCAGUCGAUCUCGAGGGCGAGUUCACCGGUUUGAAACCUGUUGACUUGAUGGACAUUAUAACAGCACCUAUACAUCUUUUAUUACAUAGUACAUACCAGGCAAUACGUGCACCUAAUAAAGCUCGACGUCUGAAUAACUAGCUCGAAAGAAGACAAGGUUCCCUGCUAAUCAAAGAUCUGUUUGUUUGUGUGUACGAUUUGCAUACGAAGGACCAUGCAAGCAAGCAUUAUGUAAUUGACCAACUGUGCUCUUCGUCA